AUGAGGGUUCGUAGAGAGACGCGCGGAAAAGCUGAAGGUGACCCCGACGAUGCGUUAGACGGUUUUGUGCCGCCUUCGCUGGUGUGCAAGGGCACUGCGUUGGCUGUACUGAAGCGUGUCAACGUGCUAGCAGAGUCGAACGCUCUGGCGUUGGACAUAGGCGGCUCGCUCGCGAAAAUACUGUACUUCCAGCCCAAUACGCGAGGAACUGCAGAGAGACAGCUAUGUAUCGACUUUCUGGAGCCGGUAGCGGCGGCACACCGCUCAGCGCUGUCAGUAGCCGUGCAGGAGCUCGGGGGUACGUUCCACUUUUUUGCUUUCGAAACGAGAAACAUUGAGGAGUGCGUGCAGUUUAUUAAAGAGCACUGGAUGCCAACGAAUACGGAGAAACCUUAUGUGAUUCGCUCAACCGGUGGCGGUGCGUACAAAUAUCGAGAGCUCUUUCGCGCGAUCGGUGUAGAGCUUAGCACCCAAGAUGAGAUGGCUUGCACGGUGGCUGGGUUGAACUUCCUUCUGACUCAUUUCGAGCAUGAGGUGUACUCUGUGACUGUUGCCCCAGAUACGCAAAUAGGCUCUCCGAAUCCCAUCAUUCAGCGGAACUACUUGGACGCUCGACCGGAUCCGUAUCCUUAUCUGUUGUGUCAUAUUGGCUCGGGAGUGAGCUUUAUUAAAGUACAGGGGCCGCGCAGCUUUCGUCGCGUCAGCGGCACCUCGCUGGGCGGGGGAACCUUCUGGGGCCUCUGCCGAAUUCUCACUAACUGCAAGACAUUUGACGAGGUGAUCGAGCUCACGAAGAAAGGAGAUAACUCGCGCGUCGACAUGCUUGUCGGGGACAUCUACGGGGGCGCCUACGAGAAACUGGGCCUCGAUGCAAAUCUAAUCGCAGCCUCAUUUGGAAAGGUUACCAUGAGGAAGGAGCCAUCGCCGACUUUUGAAAACUUCCGACGCGAGCUGCGCCGCUUCAUCGUCGGAACAAUGUCGCUUUUCGUGCAGCUCCUCAUUGCGCUUCCGUUCCUCGGCCAAAUCUUCCGGUGGCUCGGUCUGGAGCGAAGGGCACACGCCACCCUGAGCAAUGUCUAUUUCAGUCGCCAUUUCCAUGCCGAGGAUGUUGCCUUGAGUGCAUUGCGCAUGGUGAGUUACAACGUCGCCCAACUGGCCUACCUGAACGCUGUCAUUGAGAACGUUCCACGAAUCUAUUUCGGGGGCAGCUUUGUCCGUGAGCAUCCUUUCACGGUAUCUGCAAUAUCCUAUGCGGUAGAAUUCUGGAGUAAGAAAAAUAUGCAGGCGCUCUUCCUAGUGCAUGACGGGUAUCUCGGUGCCCUAGGAAGCUACCUGGGCGUCGACUGGACCGAAUCUGAACAAUUUGCGGAUGAACAGAUCCCUACAAACGCGAUUUCACAGAUGCAUUCGCAUGUGGCGAUGAACCGCGUCAUCUUUAACCCGGCGGCGAACGGCUCAAGUCGGAAGAACAAAAGGCAAAGGCGCAAGCAAAGCCUCGCUUCAGCGCCGUCAUCUGCGGCUGCACCGAUGCACUUCAGCAAAGCACGAUCCCAACAGCGUAGCGCCCUCGGCGACGAACAUGGACCCGAAUUCGAAGGCACCGGAACCGAAACAAGUCGUCUGGACUGA